ACACCACUAACUUUUAUGAUUAAUCAUUUUCAUAUAAUCAAAAUAAACCACUUCUGCAAAGCAGAAGCAAACUAAAGGAUUGCACAGUUUUGAAACACAGACACACGUAUGUAAUUUGAUUCACAUGCUAGUGCUUUUGAGGUGAAACACAAUAACUAAAUAUUCAAAAAGAGCCUGGUCCUUGAGAGCUGGAAAGAUCCAGUUGCCACACUGCUUCCUUUAUUUCUUCCAUAUCUAGUGCCUUAGUUAAGAAAGCAUUGUCAUGAAGUGUUAGUAGUUGAGGAAAAUAUUCAAAAAGAGCCUCGGCAUGGAUGAUCAAACUCAUCAAAGGACCAGACCCCAUUCUUGGUUUUAAUGGUAAAUAGUUUCUGCCUUCUCCUUCUCUCUUUUACUGAGUAUUCAAAUGGUUGGGAUCACCUUCUUUCAACCCUUUGAUAUUGGUCUUCUACUUCCAAUAGACGUCCUCUUAUUUAAGCUGGAAUAGUUGUUCAGCUUGUUUUCUAGAACAAGGGAUCUAGCUCCAUCAGUAUCCUGAGUCUUCAUAUUUAUCUCAGCUGUUAAAACCUCCAUCUCAGCCUAUGUUGUCAAAUAAAUUUCCAAAAACCGACUUAUUCCACUCUUAUGUCAUUUUCAGGAACUUAAGUUUGAGAAUAAACCGUGCAUGCCACCACCAAAAUUAUGAGCUUUCCAACACUUUGUAAAUGUGUAUAGGAAAGAGCUAUUGUGAGUGCAAAAAGGCAGCAGAUGCAACCAAACAGCAAACAUAUAAAGAAAUCCAGCACCAAGCUGUCCAAUAUUCACAACAAUAGUAUACUUGCAAAGUUAGCUCACUCGAACAUUAACACCCAACAGAAAUCGCCAACAUAUCAAAGAACACAUAUAAUAAGAACAUCAAAUCAAGGGGAGACACAAUGAUUUACGUGGAAACCCCUUGAGGGCAAAAGCAAACAAUGAGGAGAGUCACAGAAACCUUUAUGUCUCUCCCUAAACAUAGCUCUCUUACAAAAACCCACGAGCUGAAAGCCUCUGUCCUUUUAUAUUAGUGUGUGGGGGAGAGGGUCAAAUUAGCCAUUUUACGUAAAGCCCCCUCAACUUCCUAAGUCCUAACGUAGUGCAAACCACUCCUAUUUCAUCCUACAACAUGUCUAGACAAAGUUUUACAUGAUAAAUGAGCCAAUAUGGCUUCCAAAAGGUGAAAUUAAGAGCUGCAGUUCACAGAUAUCGGACAAUCACAUGUCCUGGAAGCGAUAUUAGGAAAGACCUCUAUUUCCAGCACUACAGCAUCUCAAUAUAAUGGGGCAAUGAUCAGAAGUUUUACGUAUACUACAAAAGUUCUCCAAAAAUAUCCAUAGUUGAUUAUAUAUGGUAUGAUCUUUACUCAAUCUUUUUAUGGAGCUUUGUACUUUUCGAUUAUUUAAUUGAAUUUGAAAAAGUAUUUCAUCCAAAGUAAUAUCCAUUCCUUAGCUGAUCAUAAAACUUUCUGGUUAUUUACUCGCGAUCCGUGCAGAAGCCUUUUCAAAGUUAUUAACUCGGGCAGCCAGUGAGAGAUGCUUAUACAUGGAGUUACAGCCCCUCACACAUCUCAUCUUUUCUUUGGAAAUGACAAUAUCCUGUUUGCUAGGGAAAUUGUAUAUGAGGUCUCCAUCCCAGCCAAUAUCAUUAAUAAAUAUGAGAAGGCUUCUGUGCAGAAAAUCAACCUUCACAAAUCCCAGAUAUCUUUUAGCAAAAAUGUGUCUUGCGAUAAAAGAUUGAUAUUAUGAAUUCACUCCAAGUAGAUGAAGUGGAGAAACAUGAGAAAUAUUUGGACCUCCCCACUAUAAUUGGUAGACAUGAGAAGGUCAUUUUCUCCCAACUUAUAGAAAGAAUCUGGAGAAAAAUUCAAUGUUGGAGAGAAAUUCUACUCCCCGGCCAGGUAAAGAAAUUAUCUUCAAAUCCAUUUUCCAAGCAAUCCCGACAUAUAUACGAUAAGAAUUUUAGAAUUGCAUAUGGUGUUAUUGAUGAAAUCCAUACAAUGUUGGCUAAAUUUUGGUGGGGAGCAAGUGAGGACCAUAGAAAGUUGCAUUGGCUGUCCCGGGGAACAUUAUGCAAACCCAAGAGUAAAGGUGGAAUAGGCAUAAAAUAUCUAAGAGUUUUCAAUCAACCAUUGUUAGCCAAGCAAGGUUGGCGGUUCCGCAUGAUACUUAAUCCAAUUGUUGCAUAUAUUUUAAAAUAGAAAUGUUUUAAAAAAAUGUAGAUUUUGUGGGUGCAGCAAGGGG